CCGAAACUCUAACCUUCAACACAAACAUUUCAAGUUUUGCUGUAGAGAACCAUGGCGACUAGACUCUCUGAGACUUACUCCUGGGAUUCUGACCAAGUCAAAGUGGAACCCAGUAGUCCAGACGUUGCACCAAAGUGGGGCUGGCCCACAUUAUCAGCCUUACCCUGGAGCUUGGACUGUGAGAAUCUCUGGUCCUACUUGAGGCCUGUUGAAUCAGGAUCUGAAUUGUAGCAUGACCUUAGGUAGAUCUACACAUUUACGGCUGAAACGUAAUGGAGUCGUGACAAGAGCGGGGUCAGGGCUUUAUUCUGGACCUUGUGACAUUUAUGACUGUCUGUGCGUGGUAAUUCUAUAAUCCACCUUGUCUUAGAUGAAGACCUCCGGGUCUAGGAGCCUUGUGACUCGAUGGAGCACCUAGGCUCUGGCAUUCUGAGGCACAGGCUGCUGUCUGAACUUACGACUGAGCUUGGUGGACUGGGCUUUCCCCAUAGGCCGCUGAAACACUAAUCUGGUGAGGUCUGGGCCAUUUGUGAUUGGUUCCUUAUCUGCUGCUGUUGAGGUUUUCACUCAGGGAAGGUUUGGUGUGUAAGCAGUGUUGGAAGGGAAGUGGAGCACUUGGCUGUGUUGAUACAUUCAGCCUCCUUAGGAACCCGUUUUCCCCCUCUCAGAAGUUAAGGUGCAGUAACUUAGCAGGCUUAGAGAAUGGGGGGCUGCAGAGGCUAACUGAACCUCUUCUUCUCCCCAGGGAUAUGUGGUACACAGCCUACACUGUAGAGAAUUGCCUUCCACAGAACCCAGUGGCACCAUGAAGUCCAACCCUGCCAUCCAAGCUGCCAUUGACCUCACGGCAGGGGCCGCAGGGGGCACAGCAUGUGUACUGACUGGGCAGCCCUUCGACACCAUGAAGGUGAAGAUGCAGACGUUUCCAGGCCUCUACCGAGGCCUCACCGACUGUUGCCUGAAGACCUACUCCCAGGUGGGCUUCCGUGGCUUCUACAAGGGUACCAGUCCUGCCCUGAUUGCCAAUAUUGCGGAAAACUCGGUGCUCUUCAUGUGCUACGGCUUCUGCCAGCAGGUGGUCCGCAAAGUGGUUGGACUGGACAGGCAGGCAAAGCUGAGUGACCUCCAGAACGCAGCUGCUGGUUCCUUUGCCUCUGCCUUUGCCGCACUGGUCCUCUGCCCCACAGAGCUUGUGAAGUGCCGGCUCCAGGCCAUGUAUGAAAUGGAAUCAUCGGGAAAGAUAGCUGCAAGCCAGAACACAGUUUGGUCAGUUGUGAAGGAAAUCUUUAGGAAGGACGGCCCCUUGGGCUUCUACCACGGACUCUCAAGCACUUUACUUCGAGAAGUACCAGGCUACUUCUUGUUCUUCGGUGGCUAUGAAUUGAGCAGAUCGUUUUUCGCAUCAGGGAAAUCAAAAGAUGAACUAGGUCCUGUCCCGUUGAUGCUAAGUGGUGGAUUUGGUGGAGUUUGCCUAUGGCUUGCCGUCUAUCCAGUGGACUGUAUCAAAUCUAGAAUUCAAGUUCUUUCUAUGACUGGAAAGCAGACGGGGUUAGUCAGAACCUUCCUGAGUAUCGUGAAGAACGAAGGAAUAACAGCCUUGUAUUCUGGACUGAAACCUACUAUGCUUCGAGCCUUCCCUGCCAAUGGGGCACUGUUUUUGGCCUAUGAGUAUAGCAGGAAGUUGAUGAUGAACCAAUUGGAAGCAUACUGAAGUGUCCUGGUGGGCCUGGAUUCAAGGCAGGCCUUCAGCGACUGUUAACUCAGGGUUUCACAGAGUACAAGAACAAUGUGGAAUUGUUGAUUAAUUGGGACUUUUGUCCUUGUCUUCCCUUCUUCUGUUCAAAGUCUUAGACUUUGUGGAAGACCCUCUAUUCUACACAGUAUAAUUUCUCCCCAUUAUUGUGCCAAAAGAAAAAGUCGCUGCUCUUGCCCUUGGAAUGUGCAGGGCAGCUAGCUGGUGGCCUUAUGCAGACUGUGUUCUUCUCAGGACAGAACUCCCGCAGAGGUCAGAGGUACACGUGCAAUCUAGAUGGAUCUAAGUUGAGGAAAACACAGUUUUGUUCUCUGUCUAGUUGUAAAUGGUGACCAAUUUCUAUGCAAAUUGUUGUAAAUGAUUGCUUAACCCAUCCUAGAUGCAGGGCCAAAGGCCGCUGAGCCUGUGCACUAACAGGUUAAAGUUUUUAACUUUUUGUGGUACAUCAAAGCUAAAACAUCCAUCUAUAUUUUUAGAUGCAUACUUGUGGCUUCUACAUUCUUGAUGAAAUGUCAGGGUUGAUAUCCUGGAUUUUUUUUUUCAUGAUGCUCAACUCAUAACCUUGCCAUUCAUUCUCUAGGCGGGCUUAUUAUGCACUCUGGGGUUGGUGGGAGUGACCUGGAGUGUGACUCAGGAGACAAGGGAUGCCCUGCCACGCCCUUAGGAAAACUGACAAUGGCUUUUACCUGCUCUCAGCAGGAAUCCAGGCUGCUCUUUUUUUCUUUUUUCUUUUCUUUUCUCUUGUUUGUUUGUUUUUUGAGACAGGGUUUCUUUGUAGCUUUGGAGCCUGUCCUGGAACUAGGUCUUGUAGACCAGGCUGGCUUCGAACUCACAGAGAUCCACCUGCCUCUGCUUCCCAAGUGCUGGCUUUAAAGGCGUGCUCCUCUACUGCCCAGCCAGGCUGCUCUUUUGGUCCUGGAUAUGAAGCCACCCUAAACCCACUGUCUUUCUGCUCCACCAAUCAAAGGUCCUUAAGGAAGCAGAGAAAUCUGGGCUCCCUGCUUUCAUCUCCAAUCCUACUCACAGGAAAGUCCAGAGGUGCUCACUAGGCACCAGAUUAUAACCAUGUCAGCCCUCACCCUCCUGAAGUUUACCUUGGGGCCUGGAACUCCUUGAUUUGCCUCUUCAUUUGGAGCUGAGAGUCAAUGAUUUUUUUUUUUUUUUUUUGAGACAGGGUUUCUCAAUAGCUAUGGAAGCCAGUCCUGGAACUCACUCUGUAGACCAGGCUGACCUCAAACUCAGAUAUCCGCCUGCCUUUGCCUCCUGAGUGCUGGGAUUAAAGGCAUGCACACCCAGCAAUGACUAGAUGAUGUGUAGAUUUGGAAAGCGUUGUGACAUAAUAAAGAUAUUUUUAUUAAACUAGGUAGCAUGUAUGUAGCGACCAAAAUCACACCGUCUGCAAUACUCCAAGAGCAGAGGGGCUGUCGGUAGGAUUUGUCCCUGCUCUGCCGGUAAAGGUGAAGGUGGUAGGUUUGCUAAUGCCCCCUUGCCACAGUGCCAGGAGCACAAUGUUGGGGAAGCAAAGUGUUCCCGGAAAGGGAGGGGUGCCUCUCAGCGCUCUCAGCGCUCUCAGCAUCCCUGGGCUGGCUUUUUUGAGAAACCGCCUUUCUGCUUUAGUUCUCUCUGUUCGUGAAUGACCAGUGGCCACUGAGUGGUGCUUCAUCUGUCCAGGUCUGGAUUGAAGUAAAAUAGGAUUGGCUUCCUGCAGGAAGAGGACUGGCCAAAGCCGUGGUCUUCCCUUUGGGUGCCUGGGUCUGUUAUCCCUGUAUGUCUUCUUGCAAUCUGUCCAUUAAAAGUUUGUGGCCUCUUGUAUAGAAACAAGGGGAAGUGAAAAAAGAAAGCCCUAAGGAGAAUUUUUAUUAUUAUUAUGGUUUAAUGUUUGGGUACAAUUGUAUUUAAGACAAAACCAGAACUUGAGAUAGUUUGUUUAAAGAAAUGAGUACUUUAUCAUUAUUAAAUAAAACUAACAUUGAGUCUA